UGAGCUCAUUGCAGCAGCUGUCAUGUGGGACAUCAUGGGCAACCGCAUUGACGGCACUGUGCCCUCCUUUCAAGGGGCCAAUCAGCUAGGGCACCUCCACAUGAGUCGCAACCUGCUCACCUCAGUGCCGGCGCACAUCAGCACACUACCGAAGCUAGAGCACGUGCUGGUGGACAGCAACCGGCUCACCCAUCCCAUCCCAGUGGCAUUCAACAACACCAACCUCACUGUCAUGUGCGUGCCACCUACCUCACUGUCAUGUGCGUGCCACAGUAACCCACGUCCACCCACGCACCUCUGCAUGGCACUUACUGCCCCGUCCCCUCAGAACCCAAUCCGGCCAUGCAGGGCUUGCUGCACUCCAAACCAAGCACUGCUUCCCUCUCAACCCAACCCACCCACGACCUUCCGACUUGUGAGUGCCGCCCCUCAAGGACUUGUGAGUUCCGCCCCUCAAGGACUUGUGAGUGCCGCCCCUCAAGGACUUGUGAGUGCCGCCCCUCAAGGACUUGUGAGUGCCGCCCCUCAAGGACUUGUGAGUGCCGCCCCUCAAGGACUUGUGAGUGCCGCCCCUCAAGGACUUGUGAGUGCCGCCCCUCAAGGACUUGUGAGUGCCGCCCCUCGCUCAACGACUUGUGCCGCCCUGAUUGCGCCCCUCGCUCAAGCCUGCAUAACUGUGCUUCUGGUUUGCUCUCUUCCCCCUCCCCCUUCUCCCCUUCCCCCUCCUUGCAGCAACCUGGCCAAGAACUCGCUCACUGGCCCCCUGCCUCAGCAGAUCGCCAAUGCCUCCAAGCUGCAAUCCCUGUUCCUAGCGGACAACAACCUGACAGGCGGCAUUCCGGACAUGUCGGGGCUAGCGAGCGUGGUGGCGCUCUCCCUCUAUGACAACGACUUCACUGCCGUGCCGCCCGCCCUGCUCAACCACACCAACGUCACACUGCACGUUGGCAGUGAGGUCAGCGUUGGCAGUGAGGUCACCGUUGGCAGUGAGGUCAGCGUUGGCAGUGAGGUCACCGUUGGCAGUGAGGUCACCGUUGGCAGUGACGUCACCGCUGGCAGUGACGUCACCGUUGGCAGUGACGUCACCGUUGGCAGUGUCAUUCAGCUGUACGGCAACGACCUCUGCAAGCCCUUUCGCACGGAGAUCGUGGAUCAGUGCUCCCCGCCGCGCCCGCUCACGCAGUACACAGCGAGCGCCAUCUGCCCCGAGCUCGCGUGCGCCAGCGACCUCUUCCGCCCCAGCCAGCCGCUGUUCCGCGACGCCAGCGAGUCCGUGUGCGUGUCGCCGCUGCGCACCGAGCUGGGACUGUACCUCACGGACCUCGUCGUCUUCACGAACGACCUCGUGGAGAGCCUGGAGAAGAAGCUCUUCACGCAGCUCACGGGCAGGGCGCACAUCAACAUCACUCGCACGCAGGUGCAAGUGAUAAACAUCAGCAGCCGUGCAUCGCUCGCCUCACUGGCAUCAACAUUCGCCUCAGACCACACCACCCACGAGUCCACACUCAUCAUCACCGUGCUCUUCUUCCCGCCCGCCGGGGACGACUCGUGGCUCCCAAGCGACACGCCGCGCGCCAUCCGUGCGGCGCUCUCCACGCGCGACCCGUUGCUGCGCGCCAACCUGGACGAGUUCGGGUCGUACCGCGUCGAAGCCUUCUACGGCCCCGCCCGUGAGUCAUUGAGGGAAGAGGGUGGGCGGAAAUGGGUGGAGGAUGGGGAGGGGAAGGGGGGGGAGGCGUACAAGCCCCCCGAGCAGUCCUCGUCAGCGCUGGGCACGGGCGCCAUCGCGGCCAUCGCCAUCUGCUGCGCCACCCUCGUCAUCACCCUCGUGCUCGUGCUGCUCUUUCGGCCCUGGGAGAAGCGAGGUGAGGCGGGAGAAGCGAGUGCGGACUACUCGUUGCAGCCUGCAGAAGGGAAUGAGCCUGCCCUGCAGCACACCCGGUGGAGCAGCGCGGACUACUCGUUGCUGGAGGGCAUCAGCCUGCAGCACGCGUGGCGCUACUCGCUGCAGCAGCUGCACGACGCCACUGACGGAUUCAACGAACAGCGCGUGCUGGGGGAGGGCGGAUUCGGCAAGGUAUGGCUGGGGGAGGGCGGAUUCGGCAAGGUAUGGCUGGGGGAGGGCGGAUUCGGCAAGGUACGGCUGGGGGAAGGCGGAUUCGGCAAGGUAUGGCUGGGGGAGGGUGGGUAUGGCAAGGGAUGGCUGCAACCCAGGUGCAGCAACCCAGGUGCAGCAACCCAGGUGCAGCAGGGCAUUCUCGUAGUGGUGGUAGUGCCAGUGUACCUCUGGGUGCUGAACGCUCAGGUGUCCCUGGGGGUGUUGAACAAUGAAACGGUGAAGCAGGCGCGGUGGAGGCAGGCACCCACUCCCCCUUGCAUUCCCCUCCCCCCGGGUCCCCCUCAGGUGUACCACGGGGAGCUGAACGGUGAGGAGGUGGCGAUAAAGAAGGCGACGGAGAAGCACCGGCACGGCGGGACGGACUUCAAGAACGAGAUCGAGCUGCUGACGGCCGUGUCGCACGGCAACCUGGUGAAGCUCACGGGCUUCUGUGUGGAGAAGGACGAGCAGCUGCUGGUGUUCGAAUUCAUGGAGGGGGGGGCGCUGGACGCCUGGAUCAAAGGCAAGAUGAGUCGCAUGCUGACGUGGCGGGAGCGGAUGCGCAUUGCGCUGAACGCGGCGAGUGCGCUGCACUACCUGCACCGCGAGAUGCGACCCGCCAUCGUGCACGGCGACAUCAAGCCGGCGAACAUCCUACUGACGGCAGCGGUGGAGGCGAAGGUGGCGGACUUUGGCAUCUCCAAGUCCAUGCCGGAGCGAGGCGAGCUCGUGCCCGACGAGAUCAUGGGCAGCCGGGGCUACAUCGACCCCUACUUCGUGCAUUCCGGCGUGCUCACGGAGAGCAGUGACGUGUACAGCUUCGGGGUGGUGCUUCUGCAGCUGGCCACGGGGCAGCCGGCGCUCAUCCAGCACGUGCCUCUCAGCCAGGUCGUGCUGCACCUCGCCUUCGGCCCUCAGGGCCUCUCCUCCGUCGUCGACCCGCGCCUGCUGGAUGCCCUGCAGACCGCAUCCGCUGCUGCCGCUGCUGGCGAGGAUGGCGCUGCUGUGAGGGCGACGGGGUGGGAAGGGGGGGUGAGCGUGGGGGAGAUGGUAGCGGGGGUGGAUGAGACGUUCAGCACGUUCCUAAGAAUCGCGCUGUGGUGCACCGCGGAGCACCCCACGCUGCGCCCCGACAUGGAGCAGGUGGUGUCGGCACUGCGCGGCAUCCGAGACCAGCUGGGCGCGGGGUCCACUGGUGCGGGCAGCAGCAGCAGAACGCAGGGGACCCCCAGUGGGCUCACCACGCCCUCGUCCUUCCACGGAUCGAUGCCUCCUCUUGACGCCAGUGCAUUCAGCAGUCCCAGCGUCACGGAGCAGCAGAGUAUGAGUGGCACACAGGAGUACACGUGGAGCAGCUAUAGUGCCACACACGGGCCUGCUGCUCAUCCCAGCUAUCCCCAUGCCACCGCUGCUGCUGGUGGUAAAGCGACGCCGACAGCCUACAGACAGGAACAAGCGCAGCAGCAGCAGGGUGCGGCACGAGGGGCGGGUGGGUUGGCUCCCCUGUGGGGGCCUGGGAUUGUCACCAGAGUGCAACCCCCUCCAUCCAGUGCCACCCAGGGGGAAGCAGCACGGGGGCGGGGGUACGCUGGUGGCUUGCCUGCGGCUGCUGGUGGAGUCACAGACGAGGAACAAGGGCACACUGAGACGAUCACGGGGCCGCGUGCUCGGUAG